UGCCAGUUUGGUUUUCAACCUCCACUCUUCCCUGACCAAGAGACUGAUGUGGGUGUUCCCUCGGCCCAGAGCUUUGUCCGACGGUGCAGGCGGGUCUGGCGCAAGGCCCGGUCUACCCUGCAGCGGUCCGCACGCCAGUACCAGCGCCAUGCCAACCGCCGCCGCAGACCUACACCACCGCUACGUCCGGGGCAGAGGGUCUAUCUGUCGACACGGGAUCUUCCUCUAGGGGUGGAGUCCCGCAAGCUGGCGCCACGGUUCGUGGGGCCCUUCAAGAUCUUGAGGAGGAUCAACCCAGUGGCUUACCGUCUCCAACUUCCUCGGUCCAUGCGGGUCAAUCCCACCUUCCACGUCUCUCGCCUACGCCCUGUCGCCACAAGUCCUUUGGUCCCUCCAGCUAAACCCCCUCCGCCCCCCAGAAUCGUUGAUGGUGGCCCUGCUUAUUCAAUCCACCGCCUAAUGGAUUCUCGCCGGGUGGGGAGGGGCCUUCAAUACCUGGUGGACUGGGAGGGCUAUGGUCCUGAGGAGCGGUCCUGGGUCCCGUCUCGGCAUGUUCUCGAUCCGGGCCUCAUCGAGGCCUUCCAUCAGAGCCACCCUGAUCGCCCGUGUGGGAACGUCAGGAGACGUUCAUAGGGAGGGGGGGUCCUGUCAGGGUUUUUGGACUGCAGUUCCUCUUUGGACCAUGUGGGGUCGUCACCGUUCAUUUCUGUGUAAUGUGCUUGUCUUUAUUGUUUCA